UUAACUACCGCGAUGUCGUGUCGCCUGGGAUCUUUUCGCAAUGUCAAUUCAAAUUUUCAAUCGACGGCUGAUACAAGUUUCUGAAAUAGUGACUUAACGAUGACGAGAGAAUUUGAGCCUUUUGUCCUGGAAGGAAUUCUUUUCGAAGGUUCAUACACAAAAGAACAAAUUUUGGCGACCCAGAACUUCCAGGGGAAAUCAACGGACCUUCACUUGACAACAUACCCUAGAACUGGAACAACAUGGACUCAAAACAUCCUAAUUGGUUUGGUCUAUGGAGUCGAAACCUUGAUUGAUCAUGAAAAGUUCGAGUUACGAGAGUUGUUUCCGUAUAUGGAACUUAACUACCGCGAUGGCGUGAUUGGUUAUGAAUUAGCCAAUCAGAUCACGAGAAGUCCCCGAAUGAUGAAGAAUCAUCUGCCUGUACAUUUGGCGCCGAAAGAGAUUUUCACACUCAAACGAAAAAACAUCAUAGUUGUUCGGAAUCCAAAAGAUACGGCUUUGAGUUUGAAAAAGUUUUACCAAACGAACCCAAACUUGAUGAUGCAUCUCAAAUCAGAUAAACUGGAAGACUUUUUGGACCGGUUUCUGGAAGGCAACGUUCUGUGCGGUAGUUGGUGGGAAUGGACGAAAAAUUGGCUGAAACAUUGCAGGGAAAACCCAAGCACUAACCUGGUUAUUCAUUACGAGGACCUUCAUUCCAACUUUGAGGGUGAAAUAUUCAAAUUAGCCGAUUUCCUCCAAAUCGAACGUCCUAAUUCGACCACAACGUGCAGUCUUCGAGAAUUGACUUCGGUUAAUUCGAUGAAAGCCCGAAUUGAAGUUCACAAUGACUUCAAAGGGAAAGGAUUGAUCAAUAAAGGAGAGAUGCAUGUUUGGAAGAACGAGUUUCCGGCCGAAUUUGUGGAGAAAUUUGACAAAUUGACCAGAGAAACGUUCGCAGAUGAUCGAAUAUUCGAGCGAUUUAUCUAAUGAUCAUUCAAAAGUAAAUAAAACAGCUAAAAUAAAACGCAAAGAACCAGACGCUUGAUUUCAUACUUUCUCUAAAAAAUGUUCAAAA